AUGGCAAGAAGGGAUAAGGCGGUUGAGCAGCAGCCUACCUACGCGGGAACCAGAACAGCCAGAACCACCAAGCUUAUUAAGGACAGUCUUUCCACGAGCAAGAUCAACGUCGCCUCCUCCUCAGGGGUCUACUUCACAGCAGCAAGCCGGGUCUCCUAUGAUGGAGGCUCUGGCCAUCUAUCAAAGGGAGCUAAUCACUCGGCCCCCGACUCCUUGAAUACGAAUGCCCUCACGCCGCUUCCCGAUCACAGAGGAGGAGCGGAGGCGUCGCUGAAGUUCCAAGACUGGGUGGAAAUUACAUCCACAGCUAUGACCGAUGUCAGCGGAAAAUCGGGACAAUGGUGGAAGGCGGUGAUGUUAGUGGCAGAGGCUGCGUACUCACGGUGGCUGAGUGCCACCCGCAAUUGGAGCGGUCCUCAAUCACCUGCGCGCUUGGCCACGCUGGUUGGCCAGGUGAAGGGUUAUCAUCGUCACCUACAAGCGGAACUGGAGGGGAUCCUGGGACAGUCCCCGAAGGGCAACAAGAUGAAGGAUAAGAGCCAGGAGCCCUGUGAUCCAGAACCAGACUCCUUCGGACAGAGAAAGCUCACCAGAGAAAACGAGGGAAGAGCUGAAGGUGCUGAGCGUGAAGGACACACGAAUCUCUUCCAUGGAUUCCUCAUCAACAGCUCUGUUGGACAGCGGAGCAACACACUGCCUCCGGAACGCCUACGACAUGAAGGAAUGGUGCACAGCGGAAGAGGUGGUGGUGCAGUUGGCGGGGGACAACGCUUUGAAGAUGCGAUUGAGCUCAGGGGGAUCACUCUUGAUGCCACCACGGGCACCGACUUCAUCGACUACUACCACGAGGGGACAUACCAUAUAGUUCCACUGGGAGAGCUGGUUCGGACCCUUGGCUAUUCGUUGGAGUGGUCGCAAAAGGGAUGUUUCCUUAUGGACGCGGAGGGGAACUCUCAGUCUUUGGGUGAAAAGGGAGCAGCUGGAGAAUGUCACGGUGAUGUCCCAAGACUACCUCGACAGCUAACGGAAUAUGUGACCAAGGGUACUCAAGAGGCAGGUCUUCGUGCUGUGCGUGAUGCUCCUUUUCUUGCAGAUCUUCCAGGCGCAUGUGUGGAUGGCAUGGUUCAGAGUGGAGUGAUGGAGAGCGGGUGGCAGGUCUUAAAGGAGAUCGAGUUUCUGACGAGGUCUCAGCGGACGCGAUUGUGGAGCGCAAAAAGGCUGAUAAUCCAUCUGUUUGCGGGCGACCCAGGCCACUACGAGUUGUUUCAGCUUGACGAAGGGGACACCGUGGUUCUGGAAUUAGACAUCCAGAGAUGCAAAGCCCACGACAUACUUCGGACUUCUACGUGGCGCCUGUUGAUGUGGGCUGCGAUGUCUGGGAAAAUCGAUGUAAUCAUGGCGGGACCCCCUGGCCGUGGAGGACUAUGCCAAGGGACAGGAGGACGCUGUGAUGUCAAGGGCAUGACGCUGUUGGUGCGGACCUUGUGGUUAUAUGCAGUGGCGGAGGAGGAGCUAGCCGAAGAUGGAUCAUGCAUCCCCAAUGCGUACCUCAGUUGGCUGCCGUGUCUCAAGAUCGAUGGCGGCAACAUGUGGAAGGAGGGGACGAUGGGAAGAAACCUGAAGUACUUGAUGAUUGCGCGGUACAACCUGCCGGUUGAGUAUGUGAAGGGGUACACCGCGAGAGGUCAAGGGAAGGACCAGUCAAGCGAGGAUGCGGAUUUCAUUGGCGGCACUCGCAGGCAGCAGGCCGAGUACCAGGACUACGACGACUCAAUGUACGAGCCUUCAGAACCAGAGGAACCUCCCAAGGAGCUGCAGGAGGACUUGAUCCAGAGACCAGGCGACCCAGACCCUCAUCAAGAUUGUGUGGCCCCCGCGUCUACCUACCUGCUGUUUGCCAAGGCGUUACCGAGCAAUGGGUCGACAGUGGUCAAGGCAGCAAUGCAGGAUGUUAUUCUGUAUUUGCAGGCGCACGGGCUACCUAUCUACCGACUACAUGCGGACAAGGGCGAGACCUACAACCACUCAGUUCGCACCUGGCUCAGAGAUCAGGGGAUACGAGCAACAUGGUCCGAGCCCGGAAUUCCCCAAGGAAAUGGCCAGGCUGAAGGGGCAGUUCGUUGGAUCAAGGACAAGCGAGCAAGAGUUCUGGGAUGGAAGAGCAAGCUGCUCGCUCCAUUUGGGGCAGUUGUCCAUGUGAAGCAGAAGGCGUUCGAUUCAUCAGGGCCCCGACGAAGGGAAAGGGCCUUUGAGUCAAAGUGGAUUCGAGGACGCUAUGUUGGACUGAGCAGCAUAUUGGACAAUGGCCACGUGGUGUACAUCCCGGAUGAGCAGGGGACAAGGGAGAAGUUUAUUCAUACUUUUCAUGUACGACCUCGGUUAAUCGACCCAGGGCUACCACAACAAGAGCUCAUAGCUGACGACCCGCCGAGACCGCGGCGAAGAAUUGAAGGUAAGACUCCCAUGGCGCAUGUGCAAAUGAAGGAGUUGCAGCUAUCGGAGGAGGAGUUCGGUGAGUAUAUUAGGGAUCGCUCAAGAACCCUACUGGAUGAGUGGAACCAGGAGGUGGCCAUCAACUUGAUUGACGAGCUUGCGGAGUGCAAACUGUUCGAUGAGGUCAAGUUCGGAGUCUUUCGUCAUGGUGGAGUAGUGGGAAGAAUGCGUGGAUUCACUGAGCAUCCGGAGUUGGCUAAGGUGUUGUCCAAGAUGAUCCUCUACGACCAACCGGAAGCGACCUUCACAGCGAUAAUGGUGGCGCGAAAUAUGGAACGGGGUAUGCACCAGGACCUCAACAAUGACGACGGGGCGAUGAACUACGUACUACCGGUGCGCUUACCAGAAAAGGGCGGGGAGCUUUGGGUGGAAGUCGGAAAGGGGGACAAGGUUCAGGAGGAGAUUGUGGUCCGACAAGAUGAUCAAGGACGGCAGCGUUAUGGACAGUUAUUCCCGUUGAG